CCACGUUUGAGUAAUGGAAGAGCAAAUCUGAACUUCCUCCAAAUGAAAAAUUGUUAAAAAUGUGAUGUUUUAGAUCUCUAAUUUCUAACAUGAUUUGUGACGUUCAUGUACGAUGAAAUUACUAGAGAUUAUGGCAGGGGAGAUGUGAUAUAUUUAGGAUCUCAAAGUAAUAAUUGUCGUGUUUGAGCAGGUUGCAGAAAGAUGCCUGGUCACCAAGCUGAUAAUCCUCGAGGUUACAUUCGCUCCCAGACUCUUCCAAUACCAUCUGACAAAGGAAUAAAAAUCCAAGCAAGGACUUCUCAUUUUUACAACCCAACUCUUCCAAAGAGGGAGGAGAUACGUAAGAAAAAUUAUGACAGGCGUUAUGCCCAAAGGACAGAGCAAGGGUUCAAUUCUGCAAACUACAAGCCCUACCAGGGUAUAGGGGAUCCGUUCUUUCUUAGUGAACGCAAGCUCAUCUUAAGUGCCUUAGGACAAUGGUCUGAUGAGGAAGAUGAGGAGUAUAGUACUAGUUCAGAAGAUGACAAUACAAAUGAGGAAGACCCACUUGCCAGUGACAAUAAUCCAAAUCUGGCUACAGCUAAGUUUCUUCUGCGUCGCACCAAGAAGAAGCUCAAUACACUUCCAAAGGAAAUGGCUCAUGGCAGGAGCAUGAUGAAAAAUGUGCGACUGGGACAUGGUCUGUUCUACAUGAUCAACAAAGAGAGACAUGACAAGAUUAUUGCAAUAGAGAAAGAACGUAGGCGCUUAGAUGAUAUCGCCAGAGCAUCGUGGCAGGCUCCACGUUACGACUCAUCUAGUGAUGAAACAGAUGAAGACUUGGCUGAGAGUGUGGAUUUACGCAGUUAUAUGGUGACUCCGUUCGAUGAUCGAACACUAGACUCUCCCUCUCCUCCCCCUUAUAGUAACCACAGCCCUGAUAAACACAGUAGGGUUAAUUUCUCUGGACUUGAUGGUCCGUCGCGUGGUGUGAGUGCUGCAGUUAGUGGAAGAUCAGGACAUAGUAGUAAGAAGAAGAAGCAAUUGAACCCAUCAAGGCCAUAUACCCCACAACACAACCUUAUAGGCACUGAAACUGAGGAAUCACCUGCUAAGGAACCUCUGUUCAGACAGUUGUGUAUACUGAAUUGGCUACUGGAGGCUAUGCAGACAGAGCCACCUAUUGCCAUGGGGCCAAUCUCCAGGAGCUGGAAUCUAAAGGAGAUUGGUGGCACUAAAACUACAGUAAAAAGGCUUCAAAAAGAAAAGUCCAAUGAAACCAAAUGGGAGGCAUGGGUCAAUAAUCAAAGCAUUGGAAAGAUUAGUAAGAGAUUUUCUAAGACGUCACCACACAAAUUAAAAAAGGCGCCAUCUAAUCUCCACGCACGUCAGGGCUCAGUAACGACCUCUACCUCUAACAGUCCUCAUGGCAGUAUGAGUCAACUCAGUAUGAGUAGGGCUGCAUCAAACCAGAGUCUGAUGCAAGCCCCUUCAUCACCUGGUAUUAAUAAUAAACAACAUGAGAUUACAGACAUUCCUGAACAUGGUGAGGUGUCCAGAGAUGUUACUAUUGAGAAACAGCCAGUAGAGGAGGAGGAAGUUGGAGGGGGUGGCUAUGCUAAAGGUUUAUUUAAAUUUCUGGAUGACUACUAUGCAACAAUGAGAUUAGAAGAGUCUAAAGCUAAAGGUGGCGCCGAUAUAACCGAGGACAGCCAAUCACUGACAAUACAUGACAAUACAACAAUUUCUCACGAUGGUGCCAAUUCUCCAAAGAAAAAGAAACAUAGGAUACGAGCCAAAUCAGAAAAUAAAAAGACUGCAGACAAUACAUUCCAUCUUGAAGAUGCUGCAGAAGAAAGGAUGCGGAGGAUAAUGGAACGGUCCAUCAAAGAGGACACAAUGUCAGUGAACAAUCUAAGAGCUUCCAGGUUUAUAAGACCGAAGAGUUCUCCAGCUUUAGUUGAGUUCCAGAAUAAUGCCCUUAGUAACAAGUAUGGUUCAAUGGCUCUGAACAUGAGACAACAGUUCUCUGAGGUUCAUGAAGAGAAAGCCGUUGUGCUGCAUGAUGAAUUGGAACACAGGGAGAGACAAAGACUGAAGGUGUGUCAGAACAAAUAUGUGUCACUGAGCAGUAAAGGUUUAGGUCUCCACCGUAUGUUGGAAGAUAUGAGGGCCAGGAGUGCAACACUCAUGGAAAGACCUGAUGAGAAGAAAAAUAAGAAACGCAGCGAUCACCAAGCCUGGUAUGUUGACCUCCAACUACAUAUGCCAGAAGAUGCCAAUCAGUAUUGGUAUUUCCACAAAAUAAUGGAAAAACUUGCUAAAUUUGCAGCACUGGAAUCUGGAAGCCAACAAGGCACCUACAAGUUCCUCAAGGUAUUAGCCGCCUUAAGACAUUGGGAAAUAUUAAAUCCAGAUAUUUCGGCAGCAAUUGAAUUUUGCAGAGAAAAAAUCAUCCAAAUGCCAAUUGAGGAAUACGAGGAAUGGUUUAGGUCACAAUUUCCCACAAUUGAACGACCCCAAACAGCACCACCUAGUAUAAAAGGAGACACUAAACAGCGUGAACAUUCCCAUCAACGGGAAAAGUCAGCUCGGUGAUAUUUAUAAACAUGGAGGUAGUUCAUAUUAGGGGUCAUCUCAAAAGUCUUGCAUUAAAUUCCACUAGAUUAGUUUAUCAGGUCUGUUUAAGUGUUAGAUCAAGAUCACCCCCACCCUAAUUUUUAUGAAACACAAUUUUGAAUUGUGAAAAAAGUACUUUCACAUUUUUCAAUUUAUCAAAACCACAUUUUAAUACCUACUAUAAAAAGCGACAUGUAGAAUUUAGCGUAAAACAUAUGUGAUGGUGCCC